CCUUACUGAAACCAUUUAGUUUGUGUAGGUGUCUGACCGGCUGAGCUUGAAUUUCUGAAGUUGAGAAACAUGUUUCAGGAACAUUGCAGCCUUAAAGUGCACAUUUUGAACUAUGAGAAUGUAGUGGAUACGGGUUCAGAAACAGAUGAUGAAGACAAGCUUCACAUUGCGGAAGAUGACAGUAUUAUUAAUGCCCUGGACAGAGAUUCCAGUCCAGUGACUAUGCCCAACCACGAUUCUUCCCCACAUGGAAACCAAGUACUGUUGCCAAGGGAGGACGAGGAAAGUGAAAAGAGGGACUGUGGCACAGAACACACCUGGCAUAGCAGGGAGACACUACCAGUCUCAAUAGAUAGUACUGAAUGGUAG